UUUUCAAAGAGCUCAUAUAUGACUAAAGAUGUUAGCCAUUUGUCAUGCAAAUGAAAUGCCAUGUUCUUUGCUAUCUAUCAUUUUACUGUGGUGUUUUACUCUUUGAUUGUAUAGAAGUUGUGUAUUGAAAUACAGUCAUGUUGUUUAUUUAAAAAUCUGUUUAAAUAAAAUAAAAUCAACAUUACUAUUUUUUUAUUAUAAUUUCACCAAAAUUACUUUAACAGCUUAUCAAAUAGUGAGAUCUAAGAAAUAUAGAUACUAUAUAUUCAGAGAUAAUUUCAUCUGAUUUUAGCUUAAUAGUUAAGCUGGGAUUUUGAAUUGUAAGAGUGAUGCUUGAAUAGCAGUUGAAAAUUAUCCAUCCUCCUUGUCCCCCUUUAAGUCUACCUUUGUGGGCUCUUGAAAAAAGUUAAAAAACGAUAACUCUUGAGAUUUGCCUAGAUUACAUUAUCAGCUCCAAUGUACACAUGUACUUAUCUUGAAGAUACAAAAAUAACCCCAAUUUUUUCUGUAACUAUGAUCAUUUCGCAGUAUUGGUAAUUAGUUACAUCCUUUGUUAAUUGUUCUUCACUUACUGUCUUUUAGGCUCAUUCUUUCAUGUUAAUCUGCUAAUAAGCAACGUUGCUGUCAAGGGCAGUAGGGAAAAAAAGACCAUUUAAAACAAAGCUGGCAAACAUUUGGAGUUAUUUGUAGUUUCGAAAAUUCUUAAUUCAAAAGUCACAUGUAUUAUGUACAUUAAAAUUCGUUUCACAAAAGGAAAUUAUAGAUAUGGAAAAGUUGCUUUAGAGGAAAUUUCACUAAUAAAUCUAUUAUCUUUCAAAUUCGAAGUGAUUGAGUUAAAUAUUGAUCCUUCGCAAAAUAUUUUCAGCGGCAUAUUCUAGAUACAACUUUUUAAAGGUGUGUUUUUUAGUUUUAAGUAUGUAGGGGUCCAGUAGGCAUGAUGACAUUUUCUAACACACUUUUUUGGUCUUUUCCUCUACUAAAUCUUUGAAUUGCCCUCUCUAAGUAUUAAAAAGAACUGCUGUCAAGUAAGGUAUUUUCUUUUCAAGAUGGAUGUUUACACAAGCAAAUAUUGUUUUAGACAUGAGAAUUCUAAUUUUGAAGAAAAUAUCAAAAUAGUUUUUAUUUCUUAUUCCUUGUUUCUCUUCCUAUGUUUAAAAUACAAGUUAAAUCUUAAUUGGAAUCAUUUUCCCCUCGUGUAACCAAGCGAUGGUACCAGGCUUGAAGAUGAAGUCUUUACUUUGUUAGCCAUGUGUUUAUGAAACCCCAGCGCUUUUCCUAGAUCUUUUGGCUGAUAAUCUCAAACAUGGAGGAUGCUUCUGAUUCUUCACAAGGGGCUGCUCCAUUAAUUAAUAAUGUAGCUCUCCCAGGCUUUCCGCCGUCUCUUCCUGUAUCAGUGACAAGCUGUAAAAGUCAUCGAGUAGCCAAUAAAAAGGUAGAAGCGAGAAGUGAAAAGCUCCUCCCAACAGCUCUUCCUCCUUCUAAGCCGAAAGUAGAUCAGAAACUUCCCAGGAGCUCCGAGAGGCGGGGAAGUGGCGGUGGGACGCGAUCCCCCGCGCAGAGCCAGGCGGUGGCAGCUGGAGGAGCGGCGGCCGGUGGCGCGGCGGGGCCGGCGAGAAGCGACCCCCCGGGAGGACAGAGCCUCCCCUUGCUGCCUUUGCUAGUUGAGAAGGUGGAGAAGUGGCAGUAGGUGUGCUCGCAGGUGAGGGGCUCCGUGUGGUCGCUCGGGAGCCGGCCGGCAGGGAGGUGUAAGCGAGCGGGGGAACAAAGCAGAGGGGUGCCGGGGUCCGCCCGCAGCGAGCUCCCUUGCGGCGUCAGGCCGGCCGGCUCCGCGACGAGCACGUUGUGAGCCCCGCCGCGGCGGCGGCGGCGGCGGCGGCGGGCAGGGAGCCGGCGCUGGGGGAGGGGGCCGCCGCUCCCGCACCGCCCGCCCGCGGGGCGUCCAACCCCAUUGUGAGCCGGCAAACGGGCGUGCGGAGGUGGGGCGCGCUGGGAGUGCAGAGGCGGCGGCGGCGGCGGCGGCUCCGCUUGCUUAACACCCCGGCAGCGACCGGAGCGACCUCGGCUCUGGUGGCAGCCGCGGCGCGUCAGUCACACAAAAGGCAGUCGUCUUCCCCGGCGCGCGGACCGGCCCAUGCCGCCGCCGAGCGCUCCCCCACCUUACCGGCUUUCCUUUCCCUCCAAUUUUGAUAGGGAAGCGGGGCCGACGCGGGCGGCCGAGGGUCCGAGUGAGCCCGCGGGCGGACAGGAGAUGCCGCUGCUACACCGAAAGCCGUUUGUGAGACAGAAGCCGCCCGCUGACCUGCGGCCCGACGAGGAAGUUUUCUACUGUAAAGUCACCAACGAGAUCUUCCGCCACUACGAUGACUUUUUUGAACGAACCAUUCUGUGCAACAGUCUUGUGUGGAGUUGUGCUGUGACGGGUAGACCUGGACUGACCUAUCAGGAAGCACUUGAGUCAGAAAAAAAAGCAAGACAAAAUCUUCAGAGUUUUCCAGAACCACUAAUUAUUCCAGUGUUAUACUUGACCAGCCUUACCCAUCGUUCACGCUUAAAUGAAAUUUGUGAUGAUAUUUUUGCAUAUGUCAAGGAUCGAUAUUUUGUUGAAGAAACUGUGGAAGUCGUUAGGAACAAUGGUGCCAGGUUGCAGUGUAGGAUUUUGGAAGUCCUCCCUCCAUCACAUCAAAAUGGUUUUGCUAAUGGACAUGUCAGCAGUAUAGAUGGAGAAACUAUUAUUAUCAGUGAUAGUGAUGAUUCAGAAACACAGAAUAGUUCUUUUCAAAAUGGGAAGAAAAGAGAUGCAGUUGAUCCCUUAUUAUUCAAGUACAAGGUGCAGCCCACUAAGAAAGAAUUGUAUGAGUGUGCUAUUGUUAAAGCAACACAAAUCAGCCGGAGAAAACAGCUGUUUUCUCGUGAUAAACUAAAGCUUUUUCUGAAGCAACACUGUGAAUCACACGAUGGAGUCCUUAAAAUUAAGGGAUCAUCUCUGUCAACAUAUAAAAUAGCAGAACAAGAUUUUUCUUAUUUCUUCCCUGAUGAUCCACCCACCUUUAUCUUCAGUCCUGCUAACAGAAGAAGAGGGAGACCUCCCAAACGAGGAUCUGUUAGUCAGGAGGACAGCAUUGCUAAGAAACAGACUAUUGCAAGUUAUAGGAAUAAAGCCACGAAAGAAAGAGACAAAGUUUUGAAACAAGAAGAAAUGAAGUCACUGGCUUUUGAAAAGGCUAAAUUAAAAAGAGAAAAAGCAGAUGCCCUAGAAGCAAAGAAAAAAGAAAAGGAAGAUAAAGAGAAAAAGAAGGAAGAAUUGAAGAAAAUUGUUGAAGAAGAGAAACUAAAGAAGAAAGAAGAAAAAGAAAGGCUUAAAAUAGAAAGAGAAAAGGAAAGAGAGAAAUUACGUGAAGAAAAACGAAAAUAUAUGGAAUACUUAAAACAGUGGAAUAAACCAAGAGAAGAUAUGGAAUGUGAUGAUCUUAAGGAACUUCCAGAACCAACUCCAGUGAAAACUAGACUACCUCCUGAAAUCUUUGGUGAUGCUCUAAUGGUUUUGGAAUUCCUUAAUGCAUUUGGGGAACUUUUUGAUCUUCAAGAUGAAUUUCCUGAAGGAGUAACCCUAGAAGUGUUAGAGGAAGCUCUUGUAGGAAAUGACAGUGAAGGCCCACUAUGUGAAUUGCUUUUUUUCUUCCUGACUGCCAUCUUCCAGGCGAUAGCAGAAGAAGAAGAGGAAGUAGCCAAAGAGCAAAUAACUGAUGCUGACACCAAAGAUUUAACAGAGGCUUUGGAUGAAGAUGCAGACCCCACAAAAUCUGCACUGUCUGCAGUUGCAUCUUUGGCAGCUGCAUGGCCGCAGUUGCACCAGGGCUGCAGUUUGAAAAGCUUGGAUCUUGAUAGCUGCACUCUUUCUGAAAUCCUCAGACUACACAUCUUAGCUUCAGGUGCUGAUGUCACAUCAGCAAAUGCAAAGUACAGAUAUCAGAAACGAGGGGGAUUUGAUGCUACAGAUGAUGCCUGUAUGGAGCUUCGCUUAAGUAAUCCCAGUCUAGUGAAGAAACUGUCAAGCACUUCAGUGUAUGAUUUGACUCCAGGAGAAAAAAUGAAGAUACUUCAUGCUCUUUGUGGGAAACUACUGACCCUGGUUUCUACUAGGGAUUUUAUUGAAGAUUAUGUUGAUAUAUUACGACAGGCAAAACAGGAGUUCCGGGAAUUAAAAGCAGAACAACAUCGAAAAGAGAGGGAAGAAGCAGCUGCUAGAAUUCGUAAAAGGAAGGAAGAAAAACUUAAGGAACAAGAACAGAAAAUGAAAGAGAAACAAGAAAAACUGAAGGAAGACGAGCAAAGAAAUUUAGCCACAGAUAUAUCCAUUGGGGAGGAAGAAAGGGAAGAUUUUGAUACCAGCACUGAGAGCAAAGAAAUAGAGCAAAAGGAGCUAGAUCAAGAUACCGUCACCGAAGAUGAAGAUGACCCAGGAUCACAUAAAAGAGGCAGAAGGGGAAAAAGGAGACAAAAUGGAUUUAAAGAAUUUACAAGGCAAGAAGAGAUCAACUGUGUAACAAGAGAGUCUUUCACUGCUGAUGAGGAAGAAGCUUUCAAACAGGAACACCAACGAAAAGAGAAAGAACUCUUAGAAAAAAUCCAAAGUGCCAUAGCAUGUACCAAUAUCUUUCCCUUGGGCCGUGACCGCAUGUAUAGGCGAUACUGGAUUUUCCCUUCUAUUCCUGGAUUGUUUAUUGAAGAGGAUUAUUCUGGUCUCACUGAAGACAUGCUGUUGCCUAGACCUUCAUCAUUUCAGAAUAAUGUACAGUCUCAAAAUCCUCAGAUAUCUAUGAAAAUUGGGGAGUCUUUGAUGUCUGAAUCUACCUCCAACAUUGACCAAGGUCCAUGUGAUGAUUCUGUGCAGCUGCCAAAACCAGUGCAUAAGCCAAAUCGGUGGUGCUUUUACAGCUCUUGUGAACAGCUAGACCAGCUUAUCGAAGCUCUUAAUUCUAGAGGACAUAGAGAAAGUGCCUUAAAAGAAACUUUGUUGCAAGAGAAAAGCAGAAUAUGUGCACAGCUAGCCCAAUUUUCUGAAGAGAAAUUUCAUUUUUCAGACAAACUUCAAACUGAUAGCAAACCUACAUAUAGUCGGGGAAGAUCUUCCAAUGCAUAUGACACAUCUCAGAUGUCUGCAGAAAGGCAGCUUGAAUUGAGGCUGAGAGAUUUUCUUUUGGAUAUUGAAGACAGAAUCUACCAAGGAACAUUAGGCGCAAUCAAGGUUGCAGAUCGACACAUCUGGAGAUCAGCAUUAGAAAAUGGACGAUAUGAACUUUUAAGUGAAGAAAACAAGGAAAAUGGGAUAAUUAAAACUGUGAAUGAAAAUAUGGAAGAGGUGGAAAUUGAUGAGCAAGCAAAGGUCAUAAUAAAAGACAGACUUUUGGGCAUAAAAACAGAAACUCCAAGUACUGUCUCAACUAAUGCAAGUACACCGCAAUCAGUGAGCAAUGUGGUUCAUUAUCUGGCAAUGGCACUUUUUCAAAUAGAGCAGGGCAUUGAGCGGCGUUUUCUCAAAGCUCCACUUGAUGCCAGCGACAGUGGGCGUUCUUAUAAAACAGUCCUGGACCGUUGGAGAGAGUCUCUUCUUUCUUCUGCUAGUCUAUCCCAAGUCUUUCUUCAUCUCUCCACCUUGGAUCGUAGUGUGAUAUGGUCUAAAUCUAUACUGAAUGCUCGUUGUAAAAUCUGCCGAAAGAAGGGUGAUGCUGAAAACAUGGUACUUUGUGAUUGCUGUGAUCGGGGUCAUCAUACCUACUGUGUUCGACCAAAGCUCAAGACUGUGCCUGAAGGAGAUUGGUUUUGUCCAGAGUGUCGGCCAAAGCAGCGUUCUAGAAGACUCUCCUCUAGACAGAGACCAUCCUUGGAAAGUGAUGAAGAGAUGGAAGACAGUAUGGAAAGUGAGGAUGAUGAAGUUGAUGAUGAUGAUGAAGAGGGUCAAAGUGAGGAGGAAGAGUAUGAGAUAGAACAAGAUGAAGAUGACUCUCAAGAAGAAGAAGAAGUCAUCCCACCAAAACGAGGAAGACCACAAGUUAGAUUAUCAAUUAAAACAAGAGCAAGACUCAACUCUUCUUUCUCAAGUCGUGGCCAACGACAAGACUCUGGAAGAUAUACUUCAAGGAGUCAGCAGAGUACACCCAAAACAACUGUCUCUUCAAGAACUACUGGUAGAAGCCUAAGAAAGAUAAAAUCUGCUCCUCCUACAGAAACAAAAUCUUUAAGAAUUGCCAGUCGCUCUACUCGCCAGAGUCCUGGCCCACUGCAAGCAGAUGUGUUUGUGGAACUACUUAGUCCUCGUAGAAAAGGCAGAGGCAGGAAAAGUGCUAAUAAUACACCAGAAAAUAGUCCCAACCUCCCUAACUACAGAGUCAUUGCCACAAAGUCAAGUGAGCAGUCAAGAUCUCCAAAUGUUGCGUCAAAACUUUCUCUCCAAGAUAGUGAAUCCAAGAGAAGAGGCAGGAAAAGACAAUCUACAGAAUCAUCUCCUAUGACACUGAAUCGAAGGAGUUCAGGCCGACAGGGAGGAGUUCAUGAAUUGUCUGCUUUUGAACAACUUGUUGUAGAAUUGGUACGGCAUGAUGACAGCUGGCCUUUUUUGAAACUCGUUUCGAAAAUCCAGGUCCCAGACUAUUAUGACAUCAUCAAAAAGCCCAUUGCCUUAAAUAUAAUUCGUGAAAAAGUGAACAAAUGUGAAUAUAAAUUAGCAUCUGAAUUUAUUGAUGAUAUUGAGUUAAUGUUUUCGAACUGCUUUGAGUACAACCCUCGUAACACAAGUGAAGCAAAAGCUGGAACUAGGCUUCAAGCAUUUUUUCAUAUUCAAGCUCAGAAACUUGGACUGCACAUCACACCUGGGAAUGUGGAUCAAGUUAGCACACCGCCGGCUGCAAAAAAGUCACGAAUCUAAUUUUGUCCUUCUAAAGGACAUAUUUGAGGAAAACAAAUUGUUCAUGAAAAUGGAACAUUAAAUCAUGCUAUAAUGCAUACAUGUGUAUAAAGCAAUAACAACUGAUUGACCACUUUGAAAUGUGGCCUGCACUAGAGUCUCAAUUUUAAUAUUAAGCACUCAGGAGAAUGUAGGAAAGAUUUCCUUUGCUACAGUUUGUUCAGUAUCUAAUGAGUUUGAUAGAUGUAUUGGAUACAGUACUGGUUUACAGAGGCUUUUGUACAUUUUGAGAUCAUUCAUGUGUCCCAAUAUCUUGGAAAGUAUUUUUUCACCUAUGGUUUAUUUUGUCAUUGAUGAUUUUUCUUAGAAGUGUGGUAUUAAGGGAGAUUUAUCUGCACAGGUAAAUCUUCUGUCACAGGUUAGAAAAAGUGUGUAUGUCUAAGAAUUGUUUAAUGAGCACAUUCUUUCAACACUACACAUGAAUGAGUCCAAUGUUAUAUCCUUGAAGUGCUGUACCAGUGCUGGCUGGAGGUAUUAAGUCUGAGUUUAUUAACUAGAUAUUUAUUUAGCAUUCAAAGUAAUUUGUGAAUUUGUUUUGUAUUUAUAAAAUUUGUACCUGGAAAAUGUUCCUUAAUUUUUUUAAACAUUUUAUUGUGUUUUUGUUUUAUUUCUUUUAACUUCCUUAAUGAUCAGUCAAUAAAAGGUGUAACACGCCUUUUCCCUGACAGUUCUUCCAGUUUUACAGAACUGUAUUAUAAGUUUCUAUGUACAACUUUUUAAGUGUACAAAUAAAAUGAUACAUUUUUUUCAA